GGACACGGGGCCGCCGCACGGACACGGGGCCGCCGCACGGACACGGGGCCGCCGCACGGACACGGGGCCGCCGCACGGACACGGGGCCGCCGCACGGACACGGGGCCGCCGCGAAGGGGAGCCGCCCGGCGCACCAACCCGACUCGCUGCCGCCCGCCGUGGGGCUCCGCACCGCACGUAGUGACUCUUGACUGGGUGAGGAGUGGCCAGCAGCACGUCUUCUGAGCUCUGAUUCCACUCAUCCUGAGCUUCUAACCUGAUGAGUCAAGGGCUGUGGGCAGCAGAGCAGGUUUGGGUGGAAGAAUGCCAACCUGAAUAUGAACUGAAGCAUCUCCUGUGCUGGUCUCAGCGCCCGGAUGCUCCUGUCGGGUGGUCAGAGACAAGGAUUCGCCAAACCUCUUCCUCAGACAAGAUGAAGCCAGGUAGGAGUUCUCCACCACACUGGAGUGGCAGUAACUGCUGCCUAAUUUGAAGUCCAUGUCCAAGCCCACCCCAGCUGCCUGGCGAGAUGAAAGAAGUGGUGCUGUGGUCACCCGAGGAGGUGACCAACUGGCUGACAGAGAACGCUGUGCCGGAGUAUUGUGAGCCCUUAAGGAGCUUCACCGGGCGGGACCUGAUCAGCCUCACCCAGGAGGACUUCCAGAAGACACCUCUCUGCCGGGUGUCCUCUGACAGUGGGCAGAGGCUCUUGCACAUGAUCGAGACCCUGAAGGUGGCUCAUCACAUGGAGGCUCACAAGAAUGGCCAUGUCAACGGGCAUAUCCGCGGCAGCAGCGCAAGCCAGAAUGGCUGUGGCGGCCAGGCCAAACUCAACGGGAUGCCCAAUGGCUACAAGAAGGAGAUGAUCAAGAUCCCCAUGCCUGAGCCCGAGCGCUCACAGUACCCCAUGGAGUGGGGCAAGACUUUGGUGGCUUUUCUUUAUGCACUUUGUUGUUUUGUCUUCACCACGGUGACCAUCUCAGUUGUCCACGAACGAGUGCCUCCCAAGGAGGUGCAGCCUCCCCUGCCGGACGCCUUCUUUGAUCGAUUCGAUCGGGUGCAGUGGGCUUUUUCCAUCUGUGAGAUCAACGGCAUGAUCCUGGUAGGACUCUGGUUUGUUCAGUGGCUCCUCCUCAAAUACAAGUCCAUAAUCAGCAGAAGGUUUUUCUGUAUCGUUGGCACGCUGUACCUGUACCGCUGUAUCACCAUGUAUGUCACCACGCUCCCUGUACCCGGCAUGCAUUUCAAGUGUUCUCCAAAGCUGUUUGGAGACUGGGAAUCUCACCUGCGGAGGAUCAUGAAGCUGAUUGCCGGCGGAGGCUUGUCCAUCACAGGAUCCCACAACAUGUGUGGGGACUACCUGUACAGCGGUCACACUGUCAUCUUAACUCUCACUUACUUGUUCAUCAAAGAGUAUUCCCCACGGCGGCUCUGGUGGUACCACUGGCUUUGCUGGGCACUCAGCAUGUUAGGGAUGUUCUGCAUCCUCCUUGCUCAUGACCACUACACUGUGGACGUGGUGGUGGCUUACUACAUCACUACAAGACUUUUCUGGUGGUAUCACACAAUGGCCAACCAGCAAGUGCUAAAAGAAGCUUCCCAAACUAACCUCCUGGCAAGGGUCUGGUGGUACAAACCCUUCCAGUACUUUGAAAAGAAUGUGCAAGGCAUUGUACCUCGCUCCUACCACUGGCCCUUUCCCUGGCCAGUGCUGCAGCGGGGCCGGCAGGUGAAAUACAGCCGGCUGGUGACCGCCACGUAACGACGGACAGACGGACAGGCGGGCGGGCGGACGGCACGAGCACAGUGGGGAGGACCUGUCCCAGGCGCUCACAACUCCCUCCCAGAAGAUGCCAUAUGAGAAAUCAACUGCUCCCUCAACCCCUUUCUUUUACCACUUCCCCUUGACUCAACCUAUUGAGUUACCUGGUGAGCACUGUGAUCUUUCUUUUUCUCUCCAAAGGAUCUGCGUUGGCCAACAAUAAAAGAGAACUGAACUUUUCUGGUGCACUGUUAGGACCUUUCUUGUCGGGAGAGCUGGGAUUUGCAUUCCCCCAUCUGCCACCUUCCUUUCUAUCUGAUGCGACAGCCUCGACAAAAGCUUUUAUACCAUAUCAGUUCUGGUCUUUCCAGUCAAUGUCUGGGAAAUAAAGCAUCUUAUUUUCUUGGGAAAACAUAACUUUUCAUAUCUGUUGCCCCAAAGAUUGGGCUGUAAGCCAUUUUCUAGCCAAUGACUCUUAACGAAGGUUUCUUAACCAAACUAAACCUGCCUUGGGUCAAAAGGAGAAAUCUUUCUACCUAUCGCGCCAGGCCUGCCGCCAGAGGUGAGAGACACAGGGAGGGUUGGGAGAGCUUUGGCUCUGUAGCAGCUGCCGUGAUUGUGUCAAGAAGUGCAAGAGCCACAACAACAGAAAAAUACAAGGAAAAGAAAAAAGGGGGGAAAAUAAAGAGAAAAAGACAAAAAGAGAGGGAAAAAGAGAGAAGAAAGAGAGAAAAAAGAAGAGGAAAAAAGAGAAGAAAAGAGGAAAAAAAUUAAAAAGAGGGAAAAAGAAAAAAGAGAUAGGAAAAGAGAGGGAAGAAAGAGAAAAGAGACUGAAAGAGAGGAAAAAAAGAAGAGGAAAAAAGGGAAAAAGAGAAGAAAAAGGAAAAAAGAAGAGGAAAAAUGAUAAAAAGGAAAGAAAAUGAAAAAAGGAAAAAAAUGAUAAAAAGUGAUAAAGAGAAAAAAAAAUUUUUAAAAGGAAGAGAAAUUUUAAAGUAUAUUAUAAACAAAAGAGAGAUUAAAAUAUUGUAAAGUGAUUUUCUAAAUAUUUCCUAACUUUAUUUUUCAAACUGUGUAUGAAGACAAUUUAAAAAUGAAAAGCAGAGGAGAUUUUUACUUGCCAGAGGACAGCAAGAGGCAACCUGUAGAGAGGCUGCUUCCAAGGAGGGAGAGGGAGAGCUUUGUCCACGUUCCUAGUGCCUUUCUUGUCUCGAGUGUAGGGUCAGUAGGCAGUCUUCAGUGUUUUUUAUUUCAAAAAGAAGUAUUCCACCAGAGCAGAAUUCUAUAUAUACUGUAUAAUGACUUUAUUUUAUUUGGAGGGGAUUUGAGGGGGGUUGGGUUUUGCAUUUCUAGCUAAAUUUAACUGGAAAUUUGCUUUAGCGCCUCCGAGCCACCACCUGUAGGGAAAAACAAACAGCCUCAACUCUCCCAGCCUGUCCCUCUCCACAGCAGAGGUGCUCCCAAGCCCUCUGAUGGUCUUUGUGGCCAGCAGCUCCAUGCCUCAUUUUGUGGGGAGGACUCCAGAGCUGGCCACAAACAAAGAAGAAAAACAAAUGCAAAGAGCCUUAUGAGGACAGGCUGAGAGCCCUGGGGCUGUUCAGUCUGGAGAGAAGGUGGCCAAGAGGGGACCUGAUCAACAUCUAUUAAGUGUCUGAAGGCUGGGGGCCAGGAAGGAAGGGGUAGGGACAGCCUCUGCUCACUUGUGCCCUGGCACAGGACAAGGGCAAUGGAUGUAAACUACAGCACAGGAAGCUCCACCUCAACAUGAGGAAGAACUUCUUGACUGUAAGGAUCACAGAGUCCUGGCACAGACUGCCCAGAGAGGUUGUGGAGUCUCUGGAGAAUUUCCAACCCAGUCUGGUUGUGUUCAUGUGCCACCUGAGCUAGAUUCUAUGGUCCUGCUCUGGCAGGGGCAUGGACUCAAUGAUCUGUGGAGGUCCUUUCCAACCUCUUAACAGCCUGUGAUCCUGUGGCCUGACCUGGCUCACACGUUGUGGGUGAGUCAAGCCCAAAGGCAUCGCGUGGGUCAUCUGCUGGGUGGCUCUGUUUCCCAAAGCCAAACAGCCAUGCUUUUUGUACCAAUCUUCCCACUGAUCACCGAGUGAAUGACCCAACCUUUUUGUUGUCCCCUCCAUCCCACCUUGUCGCCAAACAACAGAGAGGAGCUGAUUUCCUGAAAAACCUCCCGCAGAAGCUGCCUAGAGGAGGGGUUUUUUAGUUCUACCCCUCCCAACCCUGCUGGGGGAAAGGAUUCCAUCCUUACACUUGCUCAAGGUGCAGAGCAAGAAAAAGUUUGGGGGUGGGUUUUUUGUUUGUUUAGGGGUUGUUUUGGUUUGGUUAAAUAAGAGAUAACUAAAUAACUCUAUAUAUAUAUAUAUACAUAUAUGUCCAUUCUGUAUUUCCCGUGAAGCAGAGUUCUCUUCUGUAGGGUUUAUUUUUUCCCUGUGGUGUACUCACGAGGUGAUCUUUGUAUUGUAAACCAAGAAGGGCGAAGGAGAAAACAAAAAAUAAAAGAGGCUUUUGACAAAUGGAAGUUUCCUUCAUCUUCUUCAUCUUCAGUCUCCAUGGAAAACUGGCUCAACUCUUUGGUUUUGCUUCCCAAGCCCUGCCUCUUCUGUCCCAUCUCGGUUGCACUCAUAGGCCAUCCAACUCGGACUGUAUGGAAACUCUGUUGGUCUGGAAUUUGCUGUUUGGGGCAAAACAGUGCCUUAUCUGAACUAAAUGCUAUGCAAACAGAUUCUGGUCAUGUGGGAGAGGGUGGGAGAAGCCUUCUUGGGAGCCAUCACCAGGGCUUGAAAAAUCUACCCCCGGCAAAAACCUGCUGGGAUGCGGCACGUUGCAGGGCCUGCCACCCAUCAGCCCAGUCUGUGUCUGAAAUGCCAAAACAGACCCACCCCAGCCAAAAAGGGACAUUUCCCUGAGUUUGGGGCACUGAAAGUGGGAGUUCUUCAGUUUAUUUUCUUGUUUUUUGGGGGGAGGGGUGUGGUUUAUCUCUUCUUCCCUGCCCUGUUCCACAGCCAUGGUCAGUUCUUCCCUGGAGAAUGGAUGGGGUGCAACACCCAUAUCCUCCUACCUAACUUGUGCUGCUUUGCCUGGCUAUUGCUUGGGAUGCUGCCCACGACUGACUCAGUCCUCACCAUUUCUCUGCCUCCUUGGCCAGAAGAGCAUUUCUUAACACCCCAAACCCCUUUGGCAGCAGGACUUGCAGAGCUGCCUGCGAGAUGCAGAGGUCAGCUCUGCCUGCUCAGCCUUCACUCACCUGGUUAGCGUUGCAGCUGGGUGGGCAGCAGUGCUUUCCUAACAAAGGCAGAGCCACCCCAGAUGUUGCUCCAGAGAAUUCCCGCUCCCAGACGUCAAGGCAGGAGUAGAUUUUUCAAGGCCUGGCCUCACGCACAUCCGAAGCAUUGCCAUGAGUAAAUGUAUGGAUAAAUGCACAUGCUAUUAAAUGGAAUCUGCUGAA